AUGCCGUUCGGCCUGUCCAACAGUCCCUCAGUGUUCCAAUCUUUCAUCAAUGAUGUGUUCCGUGAUAUGCUAGACCGAUGGUACCAGCUAUAUGCCAAGGCUGAGAAAUGUGAGUUUCAUCAGACUUCCACCUCAUUCCUCGGCUAUAUCAUCAGUCAGGAGGGCGUGGCCAUGGAUGAGAGCAAGGUCAGGGUCUACUUCAGCCACUACCCAUUCCUCAACGCCCCUGGUCCCAUAUCACCAUCGACUUUGUCAAAGAUCUCCCCAUUUCUCAAGCUUCCCACGGCAUUUGAGACAGCCGAGAUCCUGUGCAAUUAUGUCUUUCGCUUCUAUGGUCUUCCAGAGGACAUUGUAUCAGACCGUGGUCCUCAAUUCACAUCCAGAGACUGGUCUUCAUUCUUCAAACAACUUAAUGUGAAUAUCAGUCUUACAUCUGGUUACCACCCCCAAUCCAAUGGACAGACUGAACGCCUAAACCAAGAACUUACUCGUUUCCUGAGAACCUACUGUCAACAGAACCAGGAGAACCAUCCAAUCUUCCCUCUGUCACUGAAUGGCUUCAACGAAGUGAAGAAACUUGGAACCGGGCACACACCCAUCUUCAACGUGCGAGGAGAGCCGGAGGAGGGAGCCGAGGUCCAUAACCCCCCACCCAUCCUGGUUGACAGCGAGGAGGCAUACCAAGUUCGAGAGCUGCUCUAUUCCAGGCGCCGGGGUAGAGCCAUAGCCAUGGCUUCUUUCCUAGUAGCUUUGGUGCAUUUGGCUCUAUUGCCAUCAGCGUUUGGAGGUGCAUAUUAUGGACACAAACCACAUCCUCAACAACAUCAACCCUUACCACAGAUGCCUCAUAUGGGCAUGGGAAAGGAUAUGUCACACAUGCCAUAUCCACAUUACAAAAAAAACCUACCAAUGCACCUAAACAAAGGCAAAGAUAUCAAAGGUGAAACCAUUCCCAGAGGUGAGCAGGGUGUUCAAGGAGAGACUGGACCGCAAGGGCCCCCUGGUCCCCAAGGACCUCCUGGGCCUCAAGGUAUUGGUAUACAAGGCCCUCUUGGAAAGCCAGGACCUCCUGGUCCUCCAGGAUUUCCAGGAGUUGGUAAGCUAGGAAUGCCAGGUAUGCCCGGGAAGUCAGGAGGUAUUGGGCAGCCUGGACAGCAAGGUGAACAGGGACCCAGAGGUGAAGAGGGACAACCAGGCGUGACUGGGCCACCCGGCCCUCCUGGACCCCCCGGCCUGCCAGGAAUAGGAAAGCCUGGUGGACAAGGAUUACCAGGACAGCCAGGGGCAAAGGGAGAGCCAGGACAUAAAGGUUUUCCUGGUCUCCGAGGGUUACCUGGGCCUAAAGGAGACAGAGGAAUUGGACAACCAGGCCCACAAGGGCCAAAAGGGCCGAUUGGGCCACUUGGCCCCCCAGGGCAGGCAGGAUUACCGGGGCUCAGUAAGCCUGGCCUUCCUGGUGUAGCAGGUCCACCUGGUAUGCCAGGAAAACCCGGAGAGCCUGGGGAGCCAGGUCCAGAGGGUCCACCUGGUGGACAAGGCCUAAAUGGACCACAAGGAGCCCCUGGUAUUGGAGUUCCAGGAGAAAAAGGAUUACCAGGACAGCCAGGUGCACCUGGCCACAAAGGAUUACAAGCACCACCAGGGUUGCCUGGGAAACCUGGAUUACCUGGAAUUGGCAAACCUGGAUACCCUGGCCCAAAGGGUGACAAAGGGAUGGGAGGGCUUCCUGGUCCUCAAGGACCAAAAGGAGACAAAGGUUACGCUGGUCAACCAGGCAUGACGGGUCCCCCUGGUCAAACUGGUCCUCCGGGCCCUCCAGGAACAAUGGGGGCACCAGGAGGAAUUGGUUCCCCAGGACUAAAAGGAGAGGGAGGGGCAGAAGGAGCCAAGGGAGAUCCUGGACCUAUGGGACAGCCAGGUCCUCCAGGAUUUCCUGGUCAACCAGGCCUCCAAGGUGAAGAUGGAGAACCUGGGCCAAGAGGACCACCAGGACCCAUAGGUCCCAAAGGUGAAGGAGGAAGCAGAGGUCUGCCUGGUCCCCCAGGUUCAUCUGGCUUACCUGGUCUUAAAGGAGAACCUGGUCAGACUGGCCCUGAAGGACCACAGGGUCCUAAAGGUAUUCCAGGACUUGCAGGUCCAGGAGGACCAAUUGGGCCUCCUGGACCUUCCGGGCCAAAGGGAGAAGCUGGUCCACCAGGUCAAGCUGGUCCGCCUGGUGAAGGCAUUGCUGGAAUCCCUGGUCGUGUUGGUCCAGCAGGUCCACCUGGCCCAAAUGGAUCCCCAGGUCAGCCAGGACUCCCAGGUCCAGCGGGGCCUCCUGGACCCCCAGGCCCCCCUCCUUCUCCUGACCUGAUGGGUGUUCUUCCUGAGAUGGGCCCUGCCAUAGAUGGUAUAAAAACUGGUGGGUACAAGAAAGGGAAGUAUGCAGGUGGGGGUAAUAUGAUGGGUGCCAAUGGUCUGGAGAUGCCUGCUUUCACUGCCAAAUUGACCACACCAUUCCCUCCAGUUGGCACGCCAAUAGUGCUUGACAAAUUACUGUAUAAUGGGCGUCAGAAUUACAACCCUCAGACCGGUGUGUUCACCUGUGACCUCCCAGGCAUCUACUAUUUUGCCUAUCAUGUGCACUGCAAGGGUGCCAAUGUAUGGGUUGGGCUCUACAGGAAUGGGGAGCCACUUAUGUAUACAUAUGAUGAGUACAAGAAGGGAUACCUGGAUCAAGCAUCUGGGAGUGCUGUGAUUCCAUUACAACCAGGAGACACAGUUUAUUUACAGUUACCAUCUGACCAGGCAGCUGGAUUUUAUGCAGGACAGUAUGUCCACUCUUCCUUCUCUGGCUUUUUACUGUACCCAAUGUAG